AGGUAAGGAAAAAUAGAAAAAAGGAAAAAAGACGGAGAGAGAAGAAAGAGCAAAACUGUGGUGGAUCGAUCGGAAAUGGCGACAUCGAUGAUUCAGAGGCUCUUCACGCAAGGCACGAAGAUCGUCGGCGUCGGCCGUAACUACGCCGCUCACGCCAAAGAACUGGGCAACGCCGUCCCCAAGGAACCUGUUCUCUUCUUAAAGCCAACAUCAUCGUACUUGGAAAAUGGAGGGACAAUUAAAAUCCCACAUCCGCUGGAAUCACUUCACCAUGAGGUGGAACUCGCUGUAGUUAUCGGGGAGAAAGCAAGGGAUGUACCUGAAGCAAUGGCCAUGGAUUACAUCGGAGGAUAUGCGGUUGCUCUUGAUAUGACUGCUAGGGAAAUCCAAGCUUCUGCUAAGGCAUCUGGUCUACCAUGGACACUUGCCAAAGGACAGGACACUUUCACCCCUAUAAGCUCUGUUCUGCCAACGGCGAUGGUGCCAGACCCCAACAAUCUGGAGCUCUGGCUAAAGGUCGAUGACGAGAUGAAACAGAAGGGUUCGACCAAGGAUAUGAUCUUCAAGAUUCCGUUUCUGAUCAGCUACAUUAGUUCUGUCAUGACCCUUUUCGAGGGAGAUGUCAUCUUGACAGGUACACCGGAAGGUGUUGGACCCGUGAAGGUAGGACAAAAGGUAACAGCUGGGAUCACUGGUUUCUCUGAAGUUCACUUCGAUGUCGGUAGGCGCCCUCACCCUUUCAACUAAUUCUCUCUCUCUCUCUCUCUCUCUCUCUCUCUCUCUCUCUCUCUCUCUCUCUCUCUCUGCAUAAUGCACGUCGUUGUUGGGCCUGUGUAUGGGCCUAUUCGGGCCCAUUGAAUUCCCAUGGCCCAGAUAAGAUUUAUUUUUCAUCCCUUUUACAAAAAUUUAAAUAAAAAUAAUGGGUUGUGUA